UUUACCGGUAAGCUCUCUAGCAUUUGGCUUUACUAUUCUUACCUUUGUCCAGCAACUAUUUAUAUCUGUAAGCUUCAAUCAGGAAUCAAGAACUCAGCGCAAAAUUGCCAUAUCUCUAUCAUUUCUGAAAAUACCAGUGGCAAUAGGCGUUAUGGUUUGGUAUUCACUUACAACUAUAUCGAAAGAAGGACAUCCAAAAUCUAAAGCUGUACUCAUGUAUCUUUUCAGUGACAUUCUCAUCAUAACAGUACUCAUGAAUUAUGUAUUGUUACAGGAUACACGUAAAUUUGGUAGUGGAUUAAAAGAGUUUCUCAAAUUCAAGACUAAAAAAAUUCAACUUUCCUAG